AUCCCAAAAGCAAAUAAACAAAGUAAAACCAGCUACAAAGCAAACACAUCUUUUGAGUCAAUCAUAAACCAAACACAUCUCAACUCAAAAAAAAAACCAGCUCCUUCUCCUCUCUUUCAUUUCUCUCUCACAUUCUCAUUCCAUGGACGAAUCAGAGCAAUCCCCAAAAGAUUACUACCCAAACCAACAAAACGGCACAUAUAGGCAGUCAUCAAUGUCAUCAUCCUCAACUACAAGCGUCCACGUCACAGCUCUAGACGGACUGGUAAACGUAAACUCCCUUUUCACAAUCGCCGUAUUCGUCGGCCUAUCUCUAACAACUCCAGGCCAACGUAGCCUCGAAAAUCGCUCCUCAUGCGACGCCGGAAUCGAUGUCGCAAAGAAGCUUCUAGUAUUUGAAGUUAUUUCUUUCAGUUUCUUUCUAUCUUCUUCGCUUGUUGCUCAAGGUCUUAAACUAGCUCUCAAUCUUUUGAAUAGUAAAGAUGUUGAUGAAGCUUUUAGGGCUCAUAUUAAUUUGAAGGUUUUGAGAUGGGGAAUGUUGGGAUCUGCUUUGGGAUCUGUUAUGGGUUGUUUGUUCUUGAUGCUUUCUAUGGUUAAUGUUAUUGAGAUAAGGUUAGGGUUAUUGUCUUGUGGAAGUAAAUCUGCUGCUCAUGCUGUUGCUGUUAUGGCUAUUUUGGUUUCUUCUGCUCUUUUGGUUUAUAUUUCUACUGCUAUUUAUGCCUUUACUCACUAAGUUUUAAAUUCAAUGAAAUUGUAUGAAUUAAAUUGUAAGGUUUUGAGAUAUAUGAAUGAAAUUGUUGUGAUUUUGUAGCUAGAA